GGGAGGUGUCUAAACUGAGAAACAAACUCCUUCUCUGAAGCUGAAAAGCUCCUGUUUCUGGAGGCGAAGCGGACGCGUGGACGGAUACACGGAAGGCACCGCCGGAUGCACGGACGCACAGGUGGAUCCUAACGACAGACAUGUGGAUCCGUUAAAAAUAAGCGGGCAUCUUUACGAAGCUGGUCCGUGACAAACCUGGAUGCCCGGCUGGUUUUCCUGAAGAGUGACACGCCAUCUUUCCGCACGGAGCAGAGCCAAUCAGGAGCAGCCACGUCUCACACGCCAGCCACUCGGAAUCUCAAAGCCCCGCCCGCCCGUUGGCUCCACAGACCGCCCGUGGCCAUGCAGAGGGAGGAGCUGUCCGCGAGGGAGGAGUUCGGCUACGACUGCAUGCCCCCGCUGGAGCGGGGCGCGGGGGGGACGGGCGGGCGGCGGUCGGAACGGGACCGGCCGGAGAGGGACAGCUACACGGUGGACGUGAGGGCCAGCGACCUCCAGCUGCCCCAGUCCCCGGCCCUGCACCACUGCCUCAGCUGCAGGGCCUGGCUCUACAGCGCCCUCAUAGGGGGCAGUCUCUUGAUCUCAGCGGGCUUCUCUCUCUACCUGGGCAACGUCUUCCCAGACGCCAUGGACUACCUGCGCUGCGCCGCUGGCUCUAGCAUUCCAGCUGCAGUUGUGAGCUUUGCGAUUGCCAAGAACAGACACGUUGCGGUGUCGGACCUGCAGGUGGUGUUCGUGUCUUCCUUCGCCGUCACGACCACCUGCCUGGUGUGGUUCGGCUGCAAGCUGGUGCUCAGCCCCUCAGCGGUCAACAUCAACUUCAACCUCAUCCUGCUCAUCCUGCUGGAGGUCCUGCUGGCCAGCACGGUCAUCCUGUCCGCGCGCUCCGCGGAGGACUGCUGCAGCCACGGCAAGGUGUCUCUCCUAAACUAUAUCUCCUCCUCCUCCUCCCUGCCCCGCCUCCUCCCUUCUCUCCGCUCCCCCCUCCCCCUCCUCCAGCCAGUGACCUGCGAGGGCCCUGUGGUUGUGACUCCGCCCACUUUCCCUGCCCGCCUCAUCAAGGCCUACUCUGUCAUUGAGGUCAUAGUGGGAAUCUCCGCAGUGUUUGGGGGCAUCAUCGCUCUCAACAUGGACGCCCUGGCCCCCGGACCCCUCCUCUCUGCCACCUUCUUCUGGAUCCUGGUGGCUUGCUUCCCCAGUGCUAUUGCCAGCCACGUGGUGGCAGAGUACCCCAAUAAAUGCCUGGUGGAGAUGUUGAUUGCCAUUGCCAGUGUAACUUCCCCGUUGCUCUUCUCCGCCUCUGGGUUCCUCUCCUGCAGCGUGGUGAACUUCGCCGAAAUCUUCCUGCACGACAACCCCGUCACUAAGCAGUCGUACGACGUGCUGCUGAUGAUCCUGACGCUGCUGCUGCUGGUGCAGGCCGCGCUGACGCUGGUCACGGUGGUGCACUGCGCCUCCUACAAGAGCCAGCUCCGCCUGGCAGGCCUGGUCAGAGCCCAGACCACGACACUGCAGAGUCACCACAGCGAGCAACCGGCGGCCAAUGGGACGCUCCGAGACUUCGACAAGGACAAGGCCUGGAAGGCGGUGGUGGUGCAGAUGGCUCAGUGAUGUCGCCGGACCGGAGGCGAGGAAGAGGGGGGAGAGACGGAGGGGGAAAAACGAGAGGAAGGAGGGAGAGAACAAGGAGAAAGAGAGCCGAAAAGAAGUAGCACAGAGAAUGUAAACGGGGGGGGGGGGGAAGAAGAGAGGGAGAAGGGACGGUGGCCAAGGAACAAUUUGAUCGCUCGUUUCUCCCUGAAGCUGCAUUACCUGCUUUAACAAUCAGCUUACUUCUGCGUACAAUCCGUAGAGCCCUGGAACUUUAGACUGAAUAAGAGCUCCAAAUUCCUUUGGGUCCAGUUACUCUGAGUGCCAUAGGCUUGGUUCCGUCAGAGUCUAAAAUAUUUAAUAGAGACCUUUAGUUUUUAUACAAUUAACUGCUGUGUACGUUUCCUGCAGGAUUUUAAACGGCAUGUAGUCUUGUAGAUGUUUCGCCACCGAAUAAAGGAAGUUCUGAAUGUACUA